GCAGCGGUCGUGCACGUCGUUGUGUUUCCAAUGGGAGCAGGGUGGCUAAUCUGUGAUUAAUCGGGGUCUACACACGUAGAGGUAAUUGAAUAGCCAUGAUGAAAAUCAAAAUGGGUCUGCAGGAGAUUUUUGUUUUGGUCAGCUUUCUGGCUCAAUGGCAUUAGUGAUUGCAGAAGAGGACAGUGAGAAGCACAUGGCAGUUGUGCCCACACAGAAGGAGGAGAGCGUGAAAGUGGAGGCCACCACCGAGGAGAGCGGCCUGGACGUCAGCUUCACGCACGGCUUCAUCGCCUCCCUCUCGGUGAUCAUCGUGUCAGAGAUCGGCGACAAGACCUUCUUCAUCGCGGCCAUCCUGUCCAUGCAGCACUCGCGCGCCACCGUGUUCGCCGGCGCCAUCGCCGCGCUGUUCACCAUGACCGUGCUCUCCGUUCUGCUCGGGUUUUCGAUUCAGAUCAUUCCGCGCGCCUACACAUACUACAUAUCCAGCGCCUUGUUCGCCAUCUUCGGCCUCAAGAUGCUCUACGAUGGCUAUUACAUGGGUCAGAACGAGGCCCAGGAAGAGUUCGAGGAGGUGCAGAGCGACCUCCGCAAACGGGAGGAUGAGCGGACUAAGGACGCGCUGGACGUGGAGGGCGGUGUGGCGCGGCGCGGCAACGUGCUGGCCUUCAUCUCCCGCAUCCUGCUGGAGGCGUUCACGCUCACCUUCCUGGCCGAGUGGGGCGACCGCUCGCAGAUAGCUACCAUCCUCCUCGCGGCUAGAGAGGACGCCUGGGGCGUGACACUGGGCGGCUGCCUCGGCCACGCGCUCUGCACGGGCCUGGCCGUGCUCGGCGGUCGCCUCAUCUCGCAGCGCAUCUCUGCCAGGACCGUAACCCUGGUGGGCGGCGUGGUGUUCAUCAUCUUCGCCGUCAGCGCCCUCUUCAUCAACCCGGACAGCUAGGCGAGGGCGCGACCGACCGUGUCCGCCGGUCGCCCGCGCUGCCGGCUAGGAGCUAAUUUAUCGUGCGGUGGCGGGGCCGCUCCUGCGCCCGGCGCGGUGGGCGGCGCCGC